GUGUGGAGCGUGAGUGUACUUGUGUGCGUGUACACGUGUUGUGUGUGUGUGUUGUGUGUGUAUGGACAUGACAGUUGUCCAGCCCCAGGGCUGCCCCAUUGCCCGUGGACAUUGCAGGCGGCCAGAGUGGGCCAGUGCUGUGGGCUGUGGUCCUGACCCCCCCUUCACAGACUGGUCCACGGGCGAGUGGGCGGCCACAGUCUUACACCGCUCGAUGCUGGCAGACGGAGCCCGGCCAACCAGCCAAUCCCACAGCAGCCCCACCGACUACAGCCUCUCGCCCAUCUCGUCCGUCCACUCCUGCUGCAGGUUGUCCCCUCCGCACGUCCCCGGGACAUCUGGAAGGACGAGGAAGGUGGGGCCGCGGUGCGUGUCUGGCCAGAGACAGAGCGCUAGCGAGAGGGAGAAGCUGCGGAUGAGGGGCCUGGCCAAAGCCCUGCGCAACCUGCGGACCUACCUCCCCCCGUCCGUGGCCCCGGCUGCCCAGAGCCUGACCAAGCUGGAGACCCUGCGGCUGACCACCCGCUACAUCGCCCACCUGACGGACGUGCUGGCCUUGGGCGAGCAGAUGCCCGCGGGGGGCCCCACAGGGACAGCGCUGCCAACACUCCUGGCUGCAUCACCCUGCUCUCUCGCCAUCAUUCCCCUGCCCUCCGCUACCAACCACCCACCAGCCACAGUCACCUGA